AUGUACCUCGGAUACUCUAUUGAAAGGCCUGUGGAUCAGGGUGAGCGUGCCGGAAGGGGCCGAGGUGGAGGCCGUGGAAGAGGAAUGCGCGGCGGCAACUUAAGAUCCACAGAUGGCUUUGACCAGAGAGGCAAGAGGGAGUUUGAGCGCCACAGUGGCAGUGAUAGGACUGGUGUGCGGCCGGAGGAGAAGCGGGGGGGCAGUGGUCCACGUAACUGGGGAUCCAUGAGGGACCACAUAAGUGCAGUGGCUGAUGGGGCUCCCACUGAGGAGGGAGGUGACGGCGAUGAGGUGGCAGAGACUGGUGCAAAUCUCGCCCCUGAGACUGAAGGUGAGGGGGAAGCAGCGGUGGAGGUUGCUGUGGAGAUGUCUCUGGAUGAGUGGAAAGCCCUGCAGGAACAGAACCGGCCCAAGAAGGAGUUCAAUCGGCGCAAGGCUGAUACCAUUGUGCCCUCUGACUCGGUAGUCAUCCACAAGUCCAAGAAACAGGUUGAGGAGCAAGUUGAGGAGGUUGUGGAGGAGGAUGACGCUGCAUCUCUCCGUCGCCCCGCCAAUGACAUCACGGCUAAACUGAAGAUUGACUUUGGCAGCCAUGGACGACCCUCACGGGGGACCAGAGGAAGAGGGGGGCGUGGACGAGGUGGCCCAGCCACACGGCCAGAGACCAUUUCUCCUCAGAAGCCUCCUGAAAAAGCCCGGGUCCAGCAGGGACAGGCACCAAACCCUGAUGACCCAGAGGACUUCCCUGCCCUGGCCUAAAGGAAGACCAGCAUUGGACCAGAGCCCAGUCCUUAGGUGGCCCUUCACCUGUACUGUGCCUUAGUGGAAUGAGCUUAACUUCGCAAGAGGAGCAAAAAAAGAAACUGGUUUGCUCUUAUACAUCCCAAAGAACUGUAUAUAAAU